AUGACAUUCCACAUGCAUAUUUCUCGUGGACUUUUGAAUCGGCCAUUAUUUUCACGCCUUUACUCUAAAUCAGUAGAUUAUUCUCAUGCUGUUAUCGGAGGCGGGGUAGUAGGGUUGGCGAUCGCUAACGAGCUCACCAAAGUUGAGGGGAAUAAGGUCCUAGUUGUGGAGAAGAACAUUGCAGUUGGGAUGGAGACUUCUAGUCGUAAUAGUGAAGUGAUUCAUGCCGGUCUUUAUUAUCCAGUAGAUUCUUUGAAGACAAAGUUUUGCAUUGAGGGCAAUCACAUUAUCUAUAACGAGUUGAAUCCUAGGAAAACAGGAGUAGAUUGGUCUAAAUGUGGUAAAUGGGUGGUAGCUCAGACCGACUAUGAUGAUGCAUACGUUGAACGUAUGUUUUUGAAGGCAAAAUAUGAGUUGGGACUUCCAGUGAGUAUUAUUCCCAACCAUCAAACCAAAUGGUACGAGCCAGCAGUUCAAGUUGAAAGGAGCGCGUUAGUUUCCCCAACUACAGGUAUAAUUGAUUCACAUUCCUUAAUGGAUUACCUCUCCACCAUGAUUGAAGAACAAGGUGGAGAAAUAGCUAUUGGGACGCAGGUGGUCGAUAUCCAAUAUCUGGGUGAUAAAUAUGCAAUUCUUUGUAGAGAAACAGUGAAUGACGCUAACGAAGAGGUCGAAAUUCAAGUGGAAAAUGUUGUAAACGCUGCUGGUCUACAUGCAGAUAAAGUUGCCAAUAUGAUUCUUCCAAAAGAACGGCAUGUGAAGCAAUAUUACGCUAAGGGAAAUUACUUCACCUUAAAAACCCCGACACCAGCUGUGAGAAGAUUGAUUUAUCCUGUGCCCCCAAGAAACAACAAGUCGUUAGGUACCCAUCUAACCAUUGAUUUGAAUAAUCAGAUUCGUUUUGGGCCUGAUCUUGAGUAUGUUGAUUCAGUCGACGAUCUCUCACCAAAUAAUAAAAAUAUAGAUGAAGCGGCGAAGGCUAUAUUGAGAUAUUUCCCUCAUAUACAACCUCAAGACUUGGAGGCUUCAUAUGCUGGUAUCAGACCAAAAUUAGCGGCACCUGGUGAUAAAGAGUUCAAAGACUUUUACAUCAAGGAAGAGGAAGGCUUCCCAGGGUUUGUGAACCUGUUGGGUAUAGAAUCACCAGGUUUAACCUCCGCAAUACCUAUUGGUAGAUACGUUAAGGAUAUGUAUCAUGCUUAA